AUGAAUCGACCUGCCAAAUUACUCCCUGCUCCAACUCUCCCGAUCCAUAUCCGGUCUCGGUCCAGGCACGAAGCGCAUAAAGCCCUCCACGAAAGUACUGGGGUGAGCAGUCCGCUCUUUCUAUCAAAUCUCAACGCGGUAGAUGAAGAAGUACGCCCAGCCCCUCUCCAAGCCCCGACUCUUCCGAUCAAAUCAAGAUCUUCUCUCGCCCCUGUGCCUGAUGAGAACGAUAUGAGCGACUCAGAGAUGUCAGAUAUAAGGACUAGCGACAUGGUUGGUGUGAACGAUGUCGAUGAUCCCUCUCAGAAUUUCUUAGAUGGCCAACACGAAACAUCCAACAGUGUUCUGCUUCGAGAUGAUAACAUGGAAGUGUAUGAUUCUGGUUCAUCAAGCAACGGGAGUGAACCGAGUGCCCUUGAAGACGUUCAAAAGGGUUUCAAGUCCUUUAAGAGACAAAACUCAGUCGAAAAGUAUACGCACGCGGAUGUCACCGAGAGAAUCCAGUAUUGCAUUGAGUACAGCCGUGCUUGUCUUCAGAAAGGAGACCUACCGGCUAUAACCUCAAACUUCUACGUCCCAAUCACUGACCCUCCUUCUGAAGUCUGUCAGUCACUUCGAAGUGCAGCCGAAGAAGGUGUCGCGCGCCUCGUCUGGAGUGCACCAUCUGAAGAGUGCUAUACUCUCGGGGUACAACCCCUGCCAGUACCUACCGGUUACCCUUACGCUGUCAUUGCUGAACCCCAAUGGUGGGUAAAUCAAGAAGAUGCGCAGAUUCGUGCAGGUCCCGAUGCGGAAGUCGGAGAAGUUAGCAGGGCCCAAUCCUACCUGCGGGAAAAGGCUAAGCGCCAGGCCAAGAGUCUGAAGAAAAGCAACAGCCACGUGAACCAAGCACUAAGAAAGCUGGAAGAAGGCUUACGUCGGCAAGAGCAGGGACUUCCGAUGCAUGACUGA